GGGAGGGAGCCUCAGAGCUUGAGAGAGCGAGCGCAAGAGAGGACGCUACUUUCAUUGAGAGAAAGAGUUAAAGACAAUAAAUACAACGGCGGAGGCAAAUUGAGGGGAAAGAGAUAGUAAGAUAGGGUGAGCUUCACGUGAGAGAAAGAGCAGCAGCAAAGACAGAAGGAAAGUAAGAGAGAGAAAGAAAGAGCGAGAGAGAGAGAGAGAGAGAGAGUAGUGCAGUGCAGUGUUGCGCUGGUCCACUCGGUUAUCUGUCUCCAUCUGAGUGCCAUCUGUGUCUCUGGCUCUGGCCUUCGCCACAACCGGAGCUCACAUAUGUGGGAAUGCAAACACAUGCCUGACAUAUGAAGGCGUGGAGUCACAAAAAGAGACAAAAAGGAAAGGAUAAGAAAACAAAUCCCCGCCACUGCAACUGACUUUCUCAAAGGACUGAAGAGUGGACUCUACUAGAGUGGAGACAGUAGAGAGAAGAAGAGCCCUGCCAUGCCCGGUUCUCCUGUGGAUGCUAAGACUCAUUCCAGAUCAGCCCCCAGCAGCAGCGCGAGCUCCACUAUGCCACCCCUGCCUUCUGUCAACCCCAGCGGCCCUCGCCCGGCCUCCUUUUCCACCACAGCAUUGACCAAUGGGAAUCAUCAUUCCCCACCAACCCUGAACGCAGUGCCAUCUCCACCGCAGCGUUACAGCAACGGACCGUCCUCUUCCUCUUCCUCGUCGCUGGCCAACCAGCAGCUGCCGGCCACCUGCGGGGCUCGCCAGCUGAGCAAGCUGAAACGUUUCCUGACCACGCUGCAGCAGUUUGGCAACGACAUCUCUCCUGAGAUCGGAGACAGCGUCCGAAGCCUGGUUCUGGCCCUCGUUAAUUCGACAGUUACCAUUGAGGAAUUCCAUUCUCGGCUUCAGGAGGCCACCAACUUCCCUUUACGGCCCUUUGUUAUUCCUUUUCUAAAGGCAAACCUUCCCCUUCUGCAGAGGGAGCUACUCCACUGUGCACGGGCAGCCAAGCAGACCCCGGCCCAGUACCUGUCCCAGCAUGAGCAUCUCCUGCUGAGCACCACCAUGGCCUCCUCGCCAGACUCCUCUGAGCUGCUGAUGGAGCCUCCGGAGGCUGUUACCAAGAGACACAGCCCCAACAGAGCUAAAGAGAACGGUUUCCACGAACGUCCACCCGCAGCCAUGGAGCCCGCCGCGAAACGAAUUUGCACCAUCAGCCCCGCUCCCCGACACAGCCCCGCCCACCCGCUGCCCCUCAGCGCCCAGCUUCACCCAACCCCUCCACCCUUGCAGCACUACGCCCUAGAUGACAUCGCAGCACCACACAUUCUACACCGCGAGCACAGUCAACGCAUGUUGGAGAUCCGCGAGCUCAAAGACAGGCCCAGACUCCCUGGCACUAAUGGAGGCUACCGCGAGGAGCCGGUGGACCACAGACUGACAGACAGAGAGUGGGCUGAUGAAUGGAGGCAUCUGGACCAUGUGCUGAACUGCAUUGUGGACAUGGUGGAAAAGACACGGAGGUCAGUGAGCGUGCUCAGACGAUGCCAGGAGUCAGACCGCGAGGAGCUCAACUACUGGAGACGGCGUUCGAGCGAGCAGGAGGACCCGCGCAAAGGCAGCUCAGGCUCGACUCCCUUCUCAAAGACACACAGCCCCCACUCCGCAGAGUCGGACCCCCAGCGCGACUUCGCUCCACGGCCAGGCUCGGCAUACGUUACAGAUGAGAUCUGGAGGAAAGCUGAAGAGGCGGUGAAUGAGGUGAAGCGCCAGGCCAUGGAUGAGGUUCAGAAGGCAGUAGCAGAGGCUGAGCAGAAGGCUUUCGAAAUGAUUGCUUCUGAGAGGGCUAAGAUGGAAAAGACUCUGGCUGAUGCGAAGAAGAAGGCUCAAGAGGAUGCCAUCUUGGUCAUCAAUGAGCAGGAGGACUCCAGUGAGUGUUGCUGGAAUUGUGGCCGCAAAGCUAGCGAGACGUGCAGCGGCUGCAAUGCCGCUCGCUACUGCGGCUCCUUCUGCCAGCACAAAGACUGGGAGAGGCAUCACCUCAUCUGCAGCCCAGGACUCCAGGCUACACCCAAACCAGUUUCCGCCAUCACCGCAAGCAGGGCAGCAGCAGCAGCAGCAGCCGGGGUGUCUCCUGUCGGCCUGGUCGGGGUCAAGGCCCUCGACGCUGUUUCUUCAGUCUCCAGUCCUGUGGGAGAGAAGGCCUUGGUCGCGUCUCGCUCCUCCACCCCUUCCACCCCUGCCUCGGCCCCUGAGACCAACGGACACUAGGAGGUCGAAGGACAUCAGUGGUGAACGUGUCGCCGAUCCUCUUUCUUACUGGGGAAGAAUUGAAUCAGCAGCGAGCAAGAGGAAACCAUUCGUGGGUUAAGUUAGGUUUCCAGAUUUUUCAUCAUACACUUUGGCAGAAAAAAAAAAGGACAGAUUAUGGAUGACUGUUUGAGUGAUAUGUCAACUGGGACUUUGGCUUUGGCAAAGAACAGAAGGACUCGUCUCGAAUGCAUCUAUUGGAUGAACAGAUCUCCCCGAACAGAUGGAAACGUGUCUGUCUUCGUCCAAAAACCCCAUAUCUUGGAUCUGCGAGGGGCUGAAAAAAAAACUGAUGAUUGAUCUGAGUUUAUCUCCGGCGGCGGGGAGGAAGUUAUAAAGGGGAGGCAUAUGAGAAAAGACAGUGGAGAUUUAACCCCCAACCCCCCAAACCCCCCCAAUAUUCUCACUUUGAUGUCUAUAGAUUUACAAUAGGGAGGUGGUGGUGGAAAAUGUAAACAGUGUAAUAGUACCAGCCAUAAAGCAUCUGUCCUCGACCUGUA